GCGUUGGUGAGGCAGGCAGGCCUGAGGGGGAGGGGGACGAUGCUGCAUCGGCAUUGCUUGCUCGAUUGCUUGCCUGCUUGCCUGCCUGCCUGCCCCAUUUGGCGAGAGGGAAAGGCGUAGCGCAGCGUGAUAAGGCGGGGCUCGUCGUCUGCUUAACCCAGUCGCUCCCGAGGUCGGGAGCUGAUGCGACAGGGUUGAUCUGGCGGUGAUGCGUGUGGCUUGUGAUCUGGUCGAUGGUGGCGGAGUACAGAGUUUUGUGUUCUGAUUGAAGAGAGAGAGAGAGAGAGAGAGAGAGAGGAGAUCAGUUUGGAGCGGAGGUGGAGAGGAGGGCAGACGGUCGGUUGGAAAUGCGGAGGUAGAUCGAGGCGAGGACGUGGUGGUGGUGCAAUCGGCCGUGGGGUGGGGGUGGGGGUGUGGGUGGGGAAGCUCGGGAGGGCGAAAUGGAGUUUCCCGAUGUGUUGGCAUCGAAUCAGGCGACACUUUACGGUGUUCUGCUUGCGGGAGCGCUGAUUUUCUUGGGGUUGUUGAUGAGACCCAAAUCCAAGAAUCUGCCUCCCGUGGUGCGGACCAUUCCGGUUAUCGGAGGCUUGUUGAAGUUUCUGAAUGGGCCCGUGCAGAUGGCAAGGGAAGAGUAUGACAGGUUGGGGCCAGUAUUUACCUGCAAGGUUUUGACGAGGAACAUCACAUUUCUGAUCGGUCCUGAGGUGAGUGAGAAUUUCUUCAAGGCGCCAGAAGCCGAGAUGAGUCAGAAGGAGGUCUACAAGUUCAAUGUGCCUACUUUUGGGCCCGAUGUCGUCUUCGCCGUGGAUUACCCCAUCCGCGUUGAGCAGUACCGGUUUUUCAUGGAGGCCUUGAAAGUCAGUCGCCUCAAAGGAUACGUGGAUGCUAUGGUGGAGGAAGCUCAGGAAUUUACGGCCAAGUGGGGGGACGAAGGUGAAGUCGAUCUGAAGGCAGAAUUGGAGCACCUGAUCAUUCUCACUGCGAGUCGUUGCCUUCUGGGGAUAGAGGUGCGGAGGCACCUGUUUGGUGAAGUCAGCGAGCUGAUCUACGAUUUGGACCAGGGUAUGGUGCCCAUCAGCGUUCUGUUUCCGUAUCUCCCGAUUGCCGUCCAUCGCAAGAGGGACAAAGCCCGCAAGAGACUCGAAGAAAUCUUCGGUGGAGUUAUUGAGAAGAGGAAAAAAUCGGGAGUUCAAGAAAACGAUAUGCUUCAGUCUUUUAUCGAUUCCAAGUACAAGGCCGAUGGACGACCCACCACACACAGUGAAUGCACCGGGUUGUUGAUCGCAGCUCUUUUUGGCGGACAACAUACGAGCUCCAUCACCUCAUCUUGGAUGGGAGCCUACCUGAUGAACAAACCGAGCGUUUUGGCCCAGGCACAGCAAGAGCAAUUGGAGAUGAUCAAGAAACACGGAGAAGAAUUGAACCACGAUGUCAUCUGUAAUAUGGAUUACCUGGCCCGCAUUAUGAAGGAAACUCUGCGCAUGCAUCCCCCACUUGUAAUGCUGCUGCGCUACGCCCACAAGGACUUCGACGUGGAAUGCAACGGCAAGACGUACACGGUUCCCAAGGGCCACGUGACCGCGGUGUCGCCUUCCGUGGCCGGCCGGCUUCCUCUCGUGUACCCGAACCCCGAUAACUUCGAUCCCGACAGGUACAUUCCCGGCAGAGAGGAAGAUAAGAAAGCUGGAGCCUUUUCGUACAUUCCCUUCGGCGGCGGUAGACAUGGAUGCUUGGGCGAAACUUUCGCUUACAUGCAGAUCAGAACCAUAUACAGUGUCAUGUUGAGGAACUUCGAGUUCGAGUUAGUGGGGGAUUUCCCUGAAGUAGAGUGGAAUGCGUUGGUUGUCGGACCCAAGGGUCCCAUCAAGACCAAAUACAGGAGAAGAAAGUUGAGUCAGGCCGAUGUCAAGACCGACCUUCUCCCACAGAGCACGCUUUAGAUUCCCACUUGCAGAGUAGGAAGGCGUGAUGGUGUGGCCAAUUUGGCACUUUCCAGGACCGGCAUAAUCUUGAGUUGGUAGCAAGCCCGACCGUCUCAUCGUAUACAGAAUGCUACUGUGGCUCAUACUUUUGUGGUCCUUGGGCUUCAAUUACAUCGUCGUGGCCGAAUUAGAUCAACUCUCUCGCAGGGAAGGCGAGAAGAUGGCCGUGGACGCUCAACUUCGACAGAGGAAUGUCGCGGUUGUUUCUUGGGCUUUCUGAGAGCGAGCUUGCAGAGCUCUGGGCAAAGCAACCCUGCUUCUUUAUCCCUUCCGGGAGCAAAUGAAGAACAGUACAGACUCUAGGCAGUACCGCACAUGCUUUGAAUGGUGGAAUGUCGGGAUUAAUUCCCAAUAUGCAGAAAUUUGGAACAACGAUUUUUUUAAUGAGGAGAAUUGAUCUGG